AUGUCGACCACCUCGACCACAACAACAACUGCAACGACAACUCGUCAACAAUUCCUUACAGUCGGUACCGGCAAAGGGCAAGGUAUGACUACAAAAGGACGUUCGACAAAGGGGACCACCCACGACAGAAGAAGUAAAAAGUCGAAGAAAGGAUUGUCCAAAGGUGGACCUUCCAAAGGUUCCGGAUCUCUUUCGAAUCAAGACAUUCUUGAGGAUCUUAACAAAACUCCAAUUGGAUUGUAUACGUUCCUCAUUUCAAUUAUAUUGCCGUGCGCUACUGUUGUCGGGUGCACAAAGUUAAGAAGCCAAGACAGAAGAGAAAAGCUGUGGGCCAUCGCAAACCUCAUUUUGGGUAUCGGGUUUGUGUUCAUUGCGGUGGUUGUCGUUGUGCUCUAUCUCAUAUUCGAGCUUUAA